AUGGCGACCGAUGCAGAGUAUAAAAGAAAGUACACGCAGAGUCAGAAAAUGGUAUUAACCCACAUAUUCUGUGGCGGUUUUCUGUUGGCUUGCUUUUUCUUUACGGCAGUGUUUUUCCCGUUCCCUAAACCGCACCUACCAACCUUAUUCGACAGAGUUGUGUUCACCCUUCGCUGGCUGAUCGUGUCUCUUCUCCCCGUCUGGGCUGGAGUCAUUUUGGUUGGAAACGUGCGAUUUGCAACAUCUGCUAUUGACCCACUUGACAAAAGCGGCGAGAAGUACAUAAAAAUGCGUUCGAAUUUUCUUCAGAACACCGUUGAACAGUUCUUACUCCAUUCUUUUGGUCUCACUGUUUUGUCCACUUAUUUGUCUGAGGAAAGUAUGCACUGGGUACCUCUCCUGGUGAUCCUGUUCGUUGUCUCUCGAGUUCUGUUUUUCGUAGGCUACUCUAUACAUCCUCUUAAAAGAGCCAUUGGAUUUUUCAUGACAUUUACCCCAAGCGUUGCGGUCAUGCUAUAUUCUUUGUGCUGCUUGAUUGUUUAUGGAUUUGACGCGUAUCGCUGA